GCCGCGCCGCCAUGAGCUACUGGGCCCGCACAGUGGACCCUUCGUUCAGCGCACCGGAGCCGAGCUUCGAGCCGAUCCGUGCUGAGCUGGUGGCCGGCCCGCCGCCCGACAGCCCGGUCCGCGGCCGGUGCACGAGCGUGGCGGUGCGCGGCUGCCGCUGUGUGGGUCUCGUGCUGCUGGUGCUCAUUGUGUGGCUGAUCGGGGCGCACUUCUGGUCGGUUCAUAACAGGAGAGCGGCGGCGGAGGAGGACAAGACACGGGUGCAGGCGGUAGCCGUGGUGGACGUGGUGGUGUACUACGAGGCUUUCUGUCCAGACAGCCGCUCCUUUAUCUCCGACCAGCUGUGGCCGGCCUACCAAAGGAUGCCCGACACGCUGCGGGUCGAGCUCGUGCCUUACGGAAAGGCAAAGACUCAGCCACCGACGGAGGCGACGGGCGGCGCUCCGACCUUUUCCUGCCACCACGGUGCCGACGAGUGCCGCGCCAACCUGGUACACGCCUGUGGCCUGCGGCUGGCCGAGCGGCCGCCACAGGGCGUCCGGUUUGUCGUCUGUCUGCUGAAGGAGAUGAGGCCGGCGCUGUUCGAACAGCACGCGGCGCAGUGCGCCAGCUCCAGCGGUCUCUCGUGGUCGGCUGUCAGCGCAUGCGCAGACGGCGGGGUCAUCAGUCAGGUGAUGGAGCGGUAUGGAGAGCGAACAGAGGCGCUCCGGCCUCGACUCAGCUUCGUGCCCACAGUCACCGUCAAUGGGAGUCAAGACCGGCAAGAGGAAAUGCGGUCAUAUUUUCUUGGCUUCGUGUGUAAGUGGUAUCAGGACAGUAACGGUGAAAAGCUGUCUGGAUGUCCGUAGGUCGGAUCGACCACACCUCUCCGCUCUCAAUCACACCUCUCAGCGACUCUCACCGGGGUUCCCGGUCGGUCAGUCACAAGUUCAUACUAUCACGCGUCACGACCGCCAUCCGACCUGUCUGACACACAGCAGUCAUCACUUCACCGCUCCACAGGUAGAGCUCAUCGUACGGGCAGGUCGAAAUACUCAGCUUCACUGGGAAUCGAUCCUUCACUGGGAAUCGAUCCCGGGCUAGACGAAGGACGAAAGAUCAAUGAUCACUUCGAAUGUGAUACCCAGAUGACUAACUCAGAGUUUAUUGGACUCUUGUUGACCAAGUAGCCGUGCGGAGUGAUGGAUCAAUCGUGAAUGAUGGCGUCACGGUGGAUGACGUCAUAAUGAUCUGAGCGAAGAGGUAUACCACAGAGUCCGUUCUGCUACUUUUGUUUUUCAACAGUAUGUGAGGAACUAUCGAUUUAUUUAUUUUUUACAUUUAUGAUUUAUCAGUUAGUUAUGACCAAUCUUGUACAUACUGCUGCACAGAAAAGGUUCCUUAUCAUUCACAUUUCAUCAGAAUGCACGCUAGUGUUGCAUUGCUUUUGCUUACAAAAGUCGUCAUCCAUUGUGAUGAGGUUUGUUCCAAAAGCAAGAUCUCGCUCUACAAUGAAUAAGCAGAUUUUACUUACAAUAUUUCACUAAAGACCCUGCAUGAAAUUAGUGCAUAAGAUUAUCUAAAUCAUUCACCUUUAAGACGUCUCUACGAAAAAAACACUUGUUUUAGUCGCCGAACGAUGAAAUCUUGACUUUUUGUAUUACCUCAGCGAACUCAGACGUUGCUAUCUUCUUUCUGUUCCCUGAUUACUCCGAAGUAUAGGUGAUUUUAUGAGUUAACAUUCCAAGGCAUAUGUAUUUCACUCUCAAGUGAACCGAGUCGCAAAGGCGCCGGGUGACAGUCCUACCCAACAAUGGGCGGCGAGAAAUAGGCACGCUGUGAGAAAACAUUCCAUGGAUGCCAACUAGCAUCCUAGGACCAAUGCAGUCCUUCCUCUCACGCUUGUGAGAAAUUGUGCGGGAGACUGACUUCUUGUGGAGCAUUUAGAAAUGCGAAUCUCAUCUGCACUGGCGGAUCCAAAACGGUAGGUAGCUCCUGCAGUGGGAGGGGGCGAAUUUCCCGAAAAGUGUCUCCAAUUUCCAAAAACUCCUCGGAUUUUGGUUGUUGAUGCGUUGUUUUGCUUUUAAAGACAAACUUACCGAAUAGAAGCUGCUAGCUUUUCUUAUUAUGCAUUAGAAAAACAGCAAAAUUUAUGUCUUAUGCCUCAAGGCACCCACCAAGGAUCUCAUCUUCAGCGCUUAUAUUGUAAUUGAAUAUGCGUCGGCCAGAUUUGUGGAGAUAUUAUCGAUGCUGAUAUUAUUGUUGUUAUAUCGUUAUAAAAUACAGAAUUUGCGCCAUUACUACGGUUGAGCAGUACACUGAAGUAUACAUAUGUUGUGAUGAAGCGUAUGUGUCACACACAAUAUUGAUUCUAUGACGUGUUCAUGAUAAGCAAUGCAGAUAACUAUUUUUGCCCGUCUGCUUCAACAGAGAAUAAAGCAUAAGGCGAUGUUGUCCAAUUAAAUCCGUCGCCUAUAAAGUAAAUGUCGAAGCGUCCAAUAGCGAGAAGUUAAGUUCACUUACCCUUUACAAAUUAAUGCCAAGGUAGGCAUUAAUGUUUGUUUGAUUGAAUAAUAGCUUUAUGUGGGUACGUAGGUAUCUGUGUGCUUUGGUUCACGCAUGACUGGAGAUAUGAUCAAGUGAGAUGUCACCGUGCAGUUUUUACCCGUCUCCCGACUGCAUUGGAACACAUGAAUUGGGACACAAGUUAGUUAAAUUGAAGUCAUUUCAAGCUCAAAGAUAAAAUACCAGGACAAAAUGUUUUGUUGCGCUACAGGAACUUUGUGUCUGAGCUACAGAAUCGAUUUGGAGGUCUCUGAAUACCGAGGUCUAUAUUUCAUCACAUGCACAGUCAAAUGCUUUAAUAUUUAUCCGUGUUUAUGAAAGAACACAGUGUCUGAUCACCUGUAAGUAUUUCAUGUUAAAUAAUUGGUAUCGGUACACUGUGCGUUCAAAUGUAAACUGUACAAAAUGGUAAUGUUCACGGAGAGGUGUUGUUGUUGUCUGCGCGUGUGACAGUGUCGGCGCUCGCUCGUCACGGACACGGUGUGUAAGUCACGGUUCGUGACAUUUCGUGAUGUAAGCUGAGCGGCAUGUCCGUGAGCCAUAUCUUUCCUGUUCUGAAGUCACUCGACACAUAUUAACUGUUCCGAAACACCCAGCGACUUCUGACGCUCCAGAGUCGAGCUGCGUUGUACAUAUGUAUCACAUGCGUACCAUAUACCGUGCUCGUGCGUGUUUGAAAUGUUGUGAUGAUGUUGGUUCAGUGAUCGGAUUAUUUCUAAUGAAUGUGUAAAACGUAAUAAAACCACACUCCAGCCG